AAGAAACAUCGAGAAGAUAAUCUAAACUCUUAAAGUCUUCACCUUUAACCCCUCUCUCAAAAAUGUUUCACAGACUCUGUUCAUCUCUCUCUCGUUCCUCCCUCAUCUUCCCCAAACCCCUAAAGUCUCCUCCUUUCCUUCUUCCUCUUCCUCGUCCUCUCUCUCUCCGUCCCACUCUCUCUUUCUCCUCCUUCAAAAUGUCCGACACAAACAACAACAACCCAUCAUCUCCGACCAAACCCGAAACCCUCCGGUCUCUCGAAUCCCACCUCGGCUCCCCUUUCACCACCGAACCAAUCAUCCCCCCUCCUAACCAACUCAUCAUCGUAAUCUCCGGCCCCAGCGGCGUCGGCAAAGACGCAGUCAUCAACAAACUCCGAGAGUCUCGUCAAAAUCUCCACUUUGUCGUCACCGCCACGACUCGCCCCAUGCGUCCCGGCGAAGUCCACGGUAAAGACUACUUCUUUGUCACCAGAGACAACUUCUUAUCAAUGGUUCAAAACGAGGAGCUUCUAGAAUACGCUUUGGUAUACGGAGAGUACAAGGGAAUCCCUAAGAAGCAGAUUCGGGAGUUUAUGUCUAAAGGGGAAGAUAUUGUGCUUAGAGUUGAUAUCCAAGGAGCUCAGACUUUGAGGAGGAUACUUGGGGACUCUGGUGUGUUUGUGUUUUUGGUUGCGGAGAGUGAGGCGGCGAUGGUUGAGAGGUUGGUUGAUAGGAAGACGGAGAGUCAAGAGGAGUUGCUUGUUAGAGUUGCGACUGCGAGAGAAGAGGUUAGGCAUUUGAAGAGUUUUGAUUACGUUGUGGUUAAUGCUAAAGGGAGGCUUGAUGAUGCUGUGAGGCGUGUGGAAGCUAUUAUUGAUGCUGAGAAGUCUAAGGUUCAUCAAAGGGUUGUUAGGAUUUGAUUGGUGUGUGCAGAUCUCCACUGCCUGUGGCGUAUUGCUCGCUGUAGUCUGAAUGUCUGAUGCGGUUUCAUCACAGAACAAACAGUUUUUUUUGGUAUACGUAUGUGCAUUUCAUUGUAAGGCAAAUGAAAUUUCAUGUGAAUCCUCCCUCCUUACGGUUUACAAGGAAUCUUUUUGGAUUAAUCUAUCAUAUCUUUACACUUUACAUGGAUAGACUUUGUUAUCACCAUCCUCACAAAUUGAUUAAUCAUGUU